UGACGCCCGGGGAAGGGGGUGGACCCCGGCGAGGAGAGGAGGGGAGGGGAGGGCAGGGCCGGGCCGGGCGGGGAGGAGGCACCGAGCGGGUUUUUCCUGUCCCCGCAGCCCCGGUGAGUCACGGGAGCGGCGGCGGCGGCACCCCCCGUGUCCCCGGCGCACCCCGGACAUGCGGCCGCUGCCAGGGAGGGGCUGACCCUGCCCGUGCCCAGUGAGUCCCGGUCCCAGUUCGGCCAUGGCCUCGCAGCCGCAGUCCCUGCACCCGGCGCUGCCCUGCGCCGCACCGGCAGGCACCGGGGGGCUGGUGGGCGGCAGCCCCGACACAGGCGCUGCCCGGCCCAAGCCCCCGCUGCGGCCCAAGCCCCGUGUGCUGCCCAAGCCGGCCGUGCCUGCCAAGACCCCGCUGCCACUACCGGGCCCGCGGCACCCGCGCCCUGAGCUGCCCUCGGCAGAGAAGAUGAACCGCCUGGCUGGGCCCCAGCCCUACGGCACCGGCAGCGCGGGGGGGCCCCUCCGCCGGCCCUCCUUUACCAUCAAGUCCCCCCAUCAAGAGCCCCCCACCGAGAAGGGGCUGCCCUCCCCUGUAGCAGCAGCUGGGGAGGCCGUGGGAGCGACCCCCGGUGAGGAGCCCCCCCUGCCGCCGACCCCCUCCCGCAAGGGCCCGCCGCCCUUCAAGGUGACGCCGGUGCCAGUGGCCACCAAACUGGAGCGGUUCCCAGGCACCACCGUGGAGCAGAUCUUGGCCAAGAUGGACACCAGGGAGGGCCCAGGGAGCCCCGACCGAGCCCGGCUCUGCCCCGACCCCUCCUUGCGCUUCGGCUCCAAGCCCUUUGCUGCCUUCCGGAGGCGCCCCAGCGGGGAGGCGGAGGGAGCCACCCCCGGCGAGGCCCCCCAACCCGCGGCGGGUGAGCCGGGGCCGGGUGACGACGGAGACCCCACAGCCGAGAGGAGCGGCUCCCCCCCCGCCGGCCCGAGCAGCGCCGGGGCCCCCCGCGGACGCCGGAGGCCGCGCUCCCCCCCUGACCUCUCCUCUCUGCAGUUGGGCCCCCCCGGCUCUCCCAGGCCCCCCUCCUGCCCAGCUCUGGCCCCAGGGGCUCCCUCCCAGCCCUGUGCUGCAGCCCCUGGCUCCCCCAAUGCCCCCCCUGAGCUCCUGGCCCCCGGCUCCCCAACACGGGCCCCUGGCUCCCCUGAAUCCCAGCCUCCAGCCAGGGCCUCGGCCACCUCCAUCCAGGCUCCGGGGGCUCCCUCCUCCACAGCCGAGCCCCAGCUCAGCAUCUCCCGCUCCCCGGGCUCCCCCCACACGCCUGGAGAGGGGUCCCCCGAUGCAGCCACCCCCCCGGGCACCCCCGGGCUGCCCCCCAGGGCCAUCAGCCCCGCUGGCACUCCGGAGGUGCCCCCCAGGGCCACCUGCCCCCCCGGCUCUCCCGAGGCUGCUGUCCAGUACCCGGCCUCCCCCAGCCCACCCCCCGAGGCCCUGGGUAAAGUCUCUCGCCCCCCGGGCUCCCCAGAGGGACCCGAUGACCCCCCAGCAUCCCCACUGUCCUCUGAGGGUCCCAGCUUCAGCCCCGCUCCCCCCUGCAGGGACUCGGGGCUGCGGCGCUCAUCGGAGGGGGUGCUGCAGCCCCCAGGCACGGGGCAGGGCCUGGGGGGGCUGGGGGGCUCACUGGGUGCCCUGCCCCGGCCUGGGGACCCGCUGCCGGAGCCGGCCCUGGGCAGUGAAUCCAGCUGGAGCCUCUCCCAGUCCUUCGAGUGGACGUUCCCAGCACGGGGGGCCCGGCGGGGCCCAUCCCCGCCCCGCUCCCCCAUCCGGGAGACCGGCGACUCGGACGGGGAGGACCCGGCCCCUGGAGCAGAGGGGGCCCCGUGUCCGGGGGGCCCCGUGGCCCAGGCAGAGGCUGAGAGCUCGCCGGAGGAGGAUGGCGAUGGGGAGGCAGAGCAGGACGUGACACUGUGCGUGACGGAGCCUGGCCAGGACCCAGCUGAGCCCGAGCCCGAGCCCUGCACCGAGGCUGCCCCACCGGAUCCGGCCCCACCGCCUCCAGCCACGGUCACCGACUCGGUGUGGGCACCGGAGGGCGACUCUGCGUUGAGCCUGCAGGGCCCCGGCGGGCCAGGCCGGGCUGGAGGGUCCCCAAGGAGCCGCGAUGCCCCCGGUGACCCGGGCUGGCUGACGGAGCUGUUGGCAUCGCCCGGAGCCCACUCAGGACAGGGCACGGAGGGCCUCCUUGGCUGGUCACGAAAGGACCUGAGCAGUGAAUUCGGCAUCGGCACCCCCAGCCCCAGCAGCGCCUUCCGCUGGACCCGAGGGACAGACUGGCCCCCAGAGCCGCAGCGGGACCGGGAGUUCGGCACCGAACAGAGCUGGGGCAGCACCGGGGCUGGGGAGCAGCCCUUCGGCACCUCCAGGAGCGAGUGGGGCAGCGGCUGCCGAGGGACCGAGCUGCCGGGAGACGCGGGGCUGGGCCGCAGCGACUGGCACAGAGCCCCUGGCACUGGGGAGAGCGGCCGGCAGGAACAGGAGCUCAGUGCCAGCAAACCCACGUGGGGCACCAGCUACGGCUUGGACAGCACUGGCAGCGGGGACGGGAUCGGCUCCGGGAGCGCCGGCUGGAGCAGCAGUUACAGUGCGGGGGGAGCCCAGCGCCAGGAUGAGGAGCUAAGCUCCAGGCAGCCCAGCUGGGCUGGCAAGUACAGCUCUGGGGAUCCGGAGAGCCAGGACCAGGACAUCACACCAGCGUGGGCUGGCCAGUACGGCUCCAGGGAGCCGGAGAUGAAGGAGAGGGAGCUCAGCCCAGACUGGACCAGUAAAUACAGCAGCAGGGGUGCUGAGACCACGGACAAGGAUCUCACCCUGGGCUGGGCUGGCAGGUCCAGCACUGGGGACGCUGGGGCUGCAGGCAGAGAGUUCAGCCCCAGCAGAGCGGCCUGGGAUAGCCAAUACAGCACCAGUGACAUGGAGAGCCAGGACCGGGAAUUCAGCCCCAGCAGACCUGCAUGGACUGGUGAGUGCAGCACCCAAGGCACGGAGAGCCAGGACAGGGAGUUCAGCCCCAGCAGACCUGCAUGGACUGGUGAGUGCAGCACCCAAGGCACAGAGAGCCAGGACAGGGAGUUCAGCCCCAGCAGACCUGCAUGGACUGGUGAGUGCAGCACCCAAGGCAUGGAGAGCCAGGACCGGGAGUUCAGCCCCAGCAGACCUGCUUGGACUGGUGAGUGCAGCACCCAAGGCAUGGAGAGCCAGGACCGGGAGUUCAGCCCCAGCAGACCUGCAUGGACUGGUGACACCAGGGACGUGGAGAGCCAGGAUGGGGAGUUCAAACCCAGCAGACCGGCCUGGGAGGACAGAUACAGCACCAGGGAUGUGGAGAGCCAGGAUGGGGAGUUCAAACCCAGCAGACCGGCCUGGGAGGACAGAUACAGCACCAGGGACGUGGAGAGCCAGGACCAGUUCAAACCCAGCAGACCAGCCUGGGAGGACAGAUACAGCACCAGGGAUGUGGAGAGCCUGGACCAGGAUGUGGAGAGCCAGGACGAGUUCAGUCCCAGCAGACCAGCCUGGGAGGACAGAUACAGCACCAGGGACACGGAGAGCCAGGAUGGGGAGUUCAAACCCAGCAGACCAGCCUGGGAGGACAGAUACAGCACCAGGGAUGUGGAGAGCCAGGACCAGUUCAGUCCCAGCAGACCAGCCUGGGAGGACAGAUACAGCACCAGGGACGUGGAGAGCCAGGACCAGUUCAGUCCCAGCAGACCAGCCUGGGAGGACAGAUACAGCACCAGGGAUGUGGAGAGCCAGGAUGGGGAGUUCAAACCCAGCAGACCAGCCUGGGAGGACAGAUACAGCACCAGGGAUGUGGAGAGCCAGGACCAGUUCAGUCCCAGCAGACCAGCCUGGGAGGACAGAUACAGCACCAGGGAUGUGGAGAGCCAGGAUGGGGAGUUCAAACCCAGCAGACCAGCCUGGGAGGACAGAUACAGCACCAGGGAUGUGGAGAGCCAGGACCAGUUCAGUCCCAGCAGACCAGCCUGGGAGGACAGAUACAGCACCAGGGAUGUGGAGAGCCUGGACCAGUUCAGUCCCAGCAGACUGGCUGAGCCUGAUGGAUACAGCACCAAGGACAUGGAGAUCCAAGACAAGGAGUUCAGCCCUGCCAGACCAGCCAAAGCCAGCGAGCACAGCAUCGGGGCCAUGGAGACCUGGCACAGGGAGCUCAGCCCCGGCAGAUCGGCCUGGGAUGACCAAUGCAGCACCAGGGAUGUGGAGGCUUGGGGUGAGGAGCUCAGCCCUGGCAGACCAACCAGAGCCAGUGAGUGCAGCACCAGGGACAUGGAGAGCCAGGACAGGGAGUUCAGCCUGGCCUGCGAGGACAGACACAGCACCAGGGACAUGGAGAGCAAGGAGAGCGGGUUGAAACCCAACAAACCAACCUGGGCUCAUGAGCACAGCACCAGGGACAUGGAGAGCCAGGAGCAGGAGCUCAUCCCCAGCAGAGCAGCUGAGGCUGAUGGAGACAGGAGUAGGGACAUGGAGAGCCAGGAGCAGGAGCUCAUCCCCAGCAGAGCAGCUGAGGCUGAUGGAGACAGGAGUAGGGACAUGGAGAGCCAGGAGCAGGAGCUCAUCCCCAGCAGAGCAGCUGAGGCUGAUGGAUACAGGAGUAGGGACAUGGAGAGCCAGGAGCAGGAGCUCAUCCCCAGCAGGGCAGCUGAGGCUGAUGGAUACAGGAGUAGGGACAUGGAGAGCCAGGAGCAGGAGCUCAUCCCCAGCAGAGCAGCUGAGGCUGAUGGAUACAGGAGUAGGGACAUGGAGAGCCAGGAGCAGGAGCUCAUCCCCAGCAGGGCAGCUGAGGCUGAUGGAUACAGGAGUAGGGACAUGGAGAGCCAGGAGCAGGAGCUCAUCCCCAGCAGAGCAGCUGAGGCUGAUGGAUACAGGAGUAGGGACAUGGAGAGCCAGGAGCAGGAGCUCAUCCCCAGCAGAGCAGCUGGGGCUGAUGGAUACAGGAGUAGGGACAUGGAGAGCCAGGAGCAGGAGCCCAGCCCUGGCAGCCUGACCUGGGCCGGUGGGUGCAGCUCUGCAGACACCGGAGAUGAAGGGAGCGAGGUCAGGCCUGGCCACGCCACGAACCAAACGGAGCCUGUGGAUGCUGCUGCCGAUGGGAAGGAGGUGCCCGGCUCCCCCUGCCCCGCUCCCCCAUCGCAGGGUCCUGGCUGUGGCAGCGCUGAGCUCGGUGCCGCCGGCAGCAGGGACCGGGCUGAGCAGCCUGGAGCCCCCGAGCGCCACCGCCGGUUCAGCAGCACCGGCACAGAGCAGGACCUGGGCCCCUCCAGCGCCGCGGUGUCCCCCGGUGGCUCCCUGCCCUGGGGGGGUGUGAUGGGAGCCGCAGGGGACCAGCACCGGGAUGUCCCCUCGGGAGGAGCCUGCCUGCAGGAGCGCGGCUGCGGCGAUGCAGAGGCCCAGCGCCGGGAAUGGGCCGAUGCGUUCAGCGCCCGCUGCGCCGCGCGGAGCCGGGACAUCGGGGAGCAGCCCCCGGGAGGUGACGCCAGCCCCAGGCACAGCAGCAGCGUUGGCCCCUGGGACCCCAGCCUGCAGAUGGGUGAGCCCCCGGCCAUGGGGUCCCCCUGCACCGACCCACCCGGCCCUGCGGAGGAGGAGAGGGACCCCCUGGAGCUGACCCCUGCCCCGCGGAGCCCCGGGGCCCCCUCUCUGCUGCCAGAGGCUGUCGGUGGGACCCCACUGGACGCAGGGAGUGCAGCAGCCCCCGAGGACCACCCGGAUGGGAAGAGACCUCCCAGCUGGGAGGAGAAGAGGCUCCCCAUGGGCACCCCACAUCCCGAGGCACCCCCGGUCCUCCCCGGGCAGGAGUUCACCUUCCUGGAGGAGGCGGAGGUGCUGGACACCCGCGUGCUCCGCAGCAAGGCCGAGCUGGGCCGGCAGCGCAGGCACCGGGCUCCCGCGCUGCGCCCCGCGGCCGGCCCGGAGGGGGACGCGUGGCUCUUCCGUGACUGCAGCGAGCCCCGGCCCGCGGCGCCCGAGGACGAGGCUGCGGUGGAGCCCCGGAGCCGGCGGGCGGGCAGGGCCGGGAGGGGGCCGCUGUUCCCCAGCCUCAGCGCGGCCGCGCUCAAGGCCAAGCUGCGGGGCCGGAACCGCUCGGCCGAGGAGGGGCCCUCGCCGGGGGACAGCAAAGUGACCCCCCCCCGGGAGCCCCUUGUGCAGCGCUCCAAGUCCUGCAAGAUCCCCGGCCUGAGCGGGAAGCCCCUGGUGCUGCCCCCCAAACCUGAGCGGCCCUCGGGGUCCGAGGCCUCCCCCCCACACUGGCUGCAAGCGCUCAAGCUGAAGAAGAAGAAACCUUGAGGGGGGCUCCCCCCUGCCGGCCGCUGCCCCGGAUCAGGACACACACACACACACACACACACAUCUAUGCACUUUGUACCAUGCUCGCAGGGUCCCUGA